AUGCCGACCCUUGCCGAGCUCGAAUUGGAGGUGAAGGACAGCCUGACAAAGCUAGCAUACCCUGAUAGGCCUUGGGUGAAGAAUGUGGCUGCUCCAGAUGGGAGUCAUUGCUACGAUGUCGUUAUCGUGGGUGGCGGACAGUGUGGGCUCACAGCAGCUUUCGGCCUCGUGCGGGAGCAAGUGGCAAACAUUCUGGUCCUCGAUGAGAACGAGCCGGGAAAGGAGGGCCCCUGGGUAACAUAUGCUCGCAUGGUUACACUGCGGACAAAUAAGGCUUUGACGGGACCUGACCUUGGCGUCGCCGCGCUCACUUUCCAGUCUUUCUACGAGGCCAAGUAUGGCUCUGAGGCCUGGAAGAAGCUGGACAAAAUUCCACGUGGCGAAUGGAUGGAUUACUUGACUUGGUAUCGUCGCGUGCUUGACCUACCUGUCCGUAACUCAUGCAAGGUCGACGUCAUCCGGCCCCUGCCUAUGGCGAGCCGCGGUACCAUGUUCGAGUUGAAUGUCAACACAUCUGAUGGGCCGGAAAAGUUUUAUGCUCGGAAGGUGGUUCUUGCCACGGGCAUCCAGGGCGGUGGUGAGUGGCACGUGCCGGCCUUCAUCAGGGACUCAGUUCCCCGCCACAAGUACGCGCACACGAGCGAGUACAUUGAUUUUGAGGCGCUCAAGGGCCGCAAGGUGGCUAUUUUGGGCGGCGGUGCGUCCGCUUUUGACAACGCCCAAUAUGGUCUGGAACGUGGCGUAGGCGAGGUUCACGUGUUUGUACGGCGCCCGGAGCUGCCGCGGAUCAACCCGAUUCGCCACAUGGAGUUUGCGGGCUUCCUGCGCCACUUUGCUGACUUGGACGAUGCCACCAAGUAUGCGGGCAUCAACUUCUUCCUGCAGUUCAACCAGCCGCCCACCAAUGACACGUUCAACCGUGCCGCGCGGUUUCCAAAUUUCUUCUUGCACACUGGCUCUCCAUGGCAAAGCUUGGAAGCGAUUGGUGACCAGAUCCGUAUUACGACACCGAAGGGCUCGGAUCUGUACGACUUUCUUAUUGUCUCUACGGGCCUGCUGACCGACACGCGGCUGCGUCCCGAACUGCGGGAGGUUUCGGAGCAGAUCGCCGUGUGGUCAGAGCGCUACACGCCGGCGGACCCCGCGUUGCGGAACCCCCUCAUUGACGUGCACCCGUACCUGGGUCCGUCCUUUGAGUACCAGCCCAAGGUCCCGGGCACGGCACCGUACCUGUCCGGCAUCUUUGCAUACAACUACUCGGCACUCGUCAGCUUGGGACUCAGCGCCUCGGCCCUGUCCGGCAUGAAGUACGCCAUUAACAAGCUGGUGACGGGUAUCACUCGACAGCUCUUCCUGGACGAUAAGGAGCAGUUCAUUGGGGAGUUCCUGUCUUACAGGGACGAGGAAUUUAAGGGUGUCUGGCCGCUGCCGACGGCGAUGCCGGCGGUGGCCGACGCGCCGCCUGCCCCGGCGCCGGCGGCAAGAACGACGACCCCGGUCUCUCAGCUGGUCACCGCGCAAUGA